UAUAAGUGAUGACAUAGGAAGAUGGGACUGAUGAGUGCAUAGAUCUAGAUGGAUGAGGGACAUGGGGUUUGUGCGUGUCCGCAAGCUCGAAUUCUGCAUACACGAGGGUGCGAUUCUGUAGAUAAGGGAACAUUGGGAAGUGAACGGGUGGGAGGCUUUCGAUACGUAUUGAUCAGGAGACGUUUUAUCGUCCCCAAGUGCAGGAGUAUGAGGCUGUUUGUGACGACUGGAACGUUCCUAGGUAGUGUGGCUACAUAUGAGCUCUCCAAACUGAACCUUGCGCGUUAAAAGUGACAUUAUGGUGAUAGAUGAGAAUGAG